AUGUCAACCAACCCCAACAACAAUCCCAAUCCCAAUCCCAAUCCCAAUCCCAAAGACCAAACCAAUCUCCGAUCACCCAAGAGCCGUCGAUGGCGGCAGAGCCAGGUGGCGACUGCCGUGAUCGCCAUCGCGGCUCUCUUGAUCUCCACCGCCGCGUGGCUCUCUCUUGUCUUCUCCGGCAGCCCGACUCUUCCGGUCGCCCGCUUGCAAAACAAGGCCCCGGCUCCGGCUUUCACGCAGUACCAAAACGACAGCGUUUCGGUUUUCGAUGACGAGGAUGACCCGGUGGAGUGGGGCGACGAGGAGCUGUCGCUAGACGACGUCGUUUUCGGGAUUGCUGGGUCGUCCGGGCUCUGGAAGCAGCGGAAGGAGUACGUCAGGCUGUGGUGGCGUCCGGACGUCAUGCGCGGACACGUCUGGAUGGAAGAGAAAGUUCCGGAAGAACAAAACGACGAGUCGUUGCCGCCGAUCAUGGUCUCCGAGGACAUCUCGCGGUUCCGGUACACCAACCCGACGGGUCACCCUUCGGGGCUCCGAAUCUCGCGGAUAAUCUCCGAGUGCUUCCGCCUCCGCCUGCCCAAAGUGCGGUGGUUCGUGCUGGCGGACGACGACACCAUCAUCAAUGUCGUUAACCUCGUGGCGGUUCUGAGCAAAUACGACGCGUCGGAGAUGGUUUAUGUGGGGAGUCCGUCGGAGAGUCACUCUGCGAAUACGUAUUUCAGUCAUUCCAUGGCUUUCGGCGGUGGAGGUAUUGCGAUUAGCUAUCCUCUGGCGAAAGCUCUCUCCGAAAUUCAAGACGAGUGUCUCGAGAGGUAUCCGAAACUAUACGGGAGUGAUGAUCGACUCCAUGCCUGCAUUACUGAGCUCGGGGUUCCUUUAACUCGAGAGCCUGGCUUCCACCAGUGUGAUAUUAGAGGCAAUGCGCAUGGUCUUCUAUCUUCUCAUCCGAUAGCACCAUUUGUGUCGAUUCACCAUGUUGAAGCUGUGGAUCCUAUUUAUCCUGGCUUAAACUCUUUAGAGAGUUUGAAGCUCUUUACACAGGCUAUGAGACUCCAACCCAGCAGUUUUUUGCAGCGUUCCAUUUGUUAUGAUCGCCGACACCAUCUCACAUUUUCGGUUUCUCUUGGUUAUGUGGUUCAAGUCUUCCCGCAAAUUGUGCUUCCUCGGGACCUUGAGCGAUCAGAGCAGACUUACUCGGCUUGGAAUGGAAUCAGUAAAAGGAGUGAAUUUGAUUUGGACACAAAAGACGCGUACAGGUCUGUUUGUAAGAAACCUAUUCUGUUAUUCUUGAAAGAUAUCAGGUCGCAGGGUAAUGCUACUCUGGGAUCUUAUAUGAGGAGUAGAGCAAAAGAUGAUUUCAAAAGAACAGUUCUAUGCUUUCCCCGGUCCCGGCAUUUGCGCCAUCUACGAGAAAUUCAAGUUUUGGGCCAUCCACUCACCAAGAAAUGGCAUUUGGUACCGCGCCGGCUAUGUUGCAAACUGAACCAAAACAGUGAUGAGGUCCUUAGAUUAACAGUUGGACAAUGUGCUAAGGGAGCUUCUGGUUCUUUUACUGAUUAUAAAUGACUGCUUGGUAGAUGGUAGUGCUUAUUGGAUUUUGACAUGGAUGAUUUGGUAGAAAGUUCGCCUCUGUUAUGUCUGGCCAUAGUGAAUGGCUUUGAACUUGGUGGUAUUCAUUCAGCUGAUGUCUGCCAAAUUCUGGAAACUUGUGCUUGCAUAUACGAAAGUCCUUUAUUCUACUCACAAAUGUUGAAGACAAGCAUGCGAACCACGA